GCUGAGGACAGGCAGAACUCGUCCCACCGGGCUGCGCCAUGGCGCUCCUGGCUCCCCUCGUGCUGGGGGCCUGGCUGGCGGCGGGGGCCGGGGGCUGCCUGCAGUGCGACCGGCAGAUCCGCAGCACCCUGGAAUCGCUCCGCACCGGCCUGGUGCCCCAGCAGAUCCGCGACAGCCGCCUGCGGGCGCGGGCCCAGGCCCUGCUGCGAGGCAUGGAGGGCGGGUUCUUCCGCCACUACGCCACCAGCCAGUUUGCGGGCACGGCCGCUCUGAGCAGCAUCAACGCCCUGAUCCACCGUGUGAGGCUGACGGCAGCCGGCCUGGAACGAAGCGCCCUAACAGACCAGGCCCUGCUGGACGCGCUGGUCGCUUACAGGCGCAGAACAACCAUGGAGCUGAAAUCGGCUCUGAAGGAGCAUCAGGCAAAAGCUUGUAACCCCCAAACCUGUGGCUGGCUCUACUACGACGUCUUCGACUGCACCAGCUGCAGGAAGGCCAAAGCCGCGUGUCUGAAGAAGCACCACUGCCUUGUGGACUCCCAGGCCCGGCUCUCCCUGCGGUACCGGCCCCCGGCCCCCGGCCCGGCCAUCGCCCGGACCGGCGUCUCCGUGGUGCUGAGCAUGGGAGCCCUGCUCUUCCUGGUGCUGAGCGCCGCGGCCGUCACCUACUGGAGGAACCAGCGGUCCCUGAGGCAGUAGCGCCCGCACACGCACCCCGGCCCGGGGCCAGGGGCCAGGGGCCCGGCAGCCGCCUGGGGCCGGGGCUGGAAGGACGCUGGAGCCGCCGAGGUGGAGAUCACAGACAGGAGGCGCCAGCCCCCGGCCCCCACAUCUCAGACCCCUCCUGCCCCAGCUUGAAA